GAGUGUUAUUCGGCCCCAUCAGAGGAAGCCGGUGUCAUUGUUGAUAGGCUAGGGUGGCAAUACUUUAAUCAUUAUUUAUUUAUAUUUCUAUCUCAUUUGUAUUUGUUUACGGGAUACCUGUGAUAUCCUUUGUAUUGGUAUUUAGCAUUUAAACAAGUUGCUUAAAACUGAAGCGUAAACUGAAUCCUCUUGCUAGAUGAAAAGGGAUAUCAAUUUCGCUGGUCUCUACGUGGAUCUGUAGUGGCGGACGGGAGCCCUCGGCACGCAUUCUGGGAUUAUCUGAGGCAUUUCCCCCGCGUUUCAACAGAUCUAAGUAAUGCUGCUAUCCAAGUUUAACUCAUUUGCUCAUAUUUCUACGGUGGACAUGCCGGCGAAGAUCCAGCUUCAAGUUCAGCAAGUCAAGGAGAGGGAACCUUUCGAGAAGGUUUACCAAGUCGGCUCGGUGCUGGGCAGCGGCGGCUUCGGCACAGUCUAUGCAGGACUGAGAAUUGCUGACGGUGUGCCGGUUGCAGUCAAGCAUGUGGCCAAGGACCGGGUCUCCGACUGGGGAGAGCUGCCCAAUGGCUCCCGGGUCCCUAUGGAGAUUUUGCUGCUGAAGAAAGUCGGGACGGGAUUCCGGGGUGUGAUAAGAAUGCUGGACUGGUACGAGCGGCCAGAUAGCUUCAUCAUCGUCAUGGAAAGACCGGAGCACGUUAAGGACUUGUUCGACUUCAUCACCGAAAAGGGAGCGCUUCCCGAGGAGCUGGCCAGGAACUUUUUCCGUCAGAUUUUGGAGGCGGUGCGGCAUUGCCACAGCUGCGGCGUGGUGCACAGGGACAUCAAGGACGAAAACAUCCUGAUCGACCUGCGCACCGGCGACAUGAAGUUGAUAGAUUUUGGCUCGGGAGCUCUGCUGAAAGACACCGUUUACACGGAUUUUGACGGGACUCGAGUCUACAGCCCACCAGAAUGGAUUAAGUAUCACCGAUAUCAUGGCCGGUCCGCCACAGUAUGGUCUCUAGGUGUCCUUCUUUAUGACAUGGUGUGCGGAGACAUCCCCUUCGAGCAAGAUGAAGAAAUACUGCGGGGUCAAGUUCUUUUCCGCAGGAAAAUCUCUCCAGACUGUCAGCAGCUAAUAAAACUUUGUCUGUCACUGCGGCCGUCAGAAAGGCCUUCGUUUGAGGACAUAAUUAACCACCCCUGGAUGCAGGGCACGUCGACCCCGUCAGAGCCCAUGGACAUCCGGCUACACAGUCUCAGCCAUGAGUCCUCGACCAGUAAUUAAUCAUCCAGCUGCAGGAAGAAGGACAUUUGGACAAUUUCAGACAAAGAAAGCACUGACAUUUUUUGGUUUUGCUUUUUUUUUUGUUUCUCCUCAAUGAGGACAACUUGGACUGUAGGGAGAAUGUUCCGGUUUAUAUUUGUUUUUGUCUAGAAACAAUGUAAAGGUGGAUGAUGCCGGCAUGAUCUGGGCAGGACCGGCGGUGUCGGCCGGGGGUUGUGACUCGCCCAAGGUGUCCACUGUGUUCAUCUGCUUUGGUGCGAAGAAUUUUGUAAGGGGAAGCAAAAGGCCUUAGUGGGCCAGUCCAGGUGAGCCUUGUGCUCUGCACAGCGAUAUCCAAGCCUGUGACCACGUCCUGGGCUUGCUCCUCUUCUUGGCUGUCUUACGGUAUUGCAGCUAUUAAAACAGCCACUGUACUUUUUAUGACAAAAACUAAAGAGAACUAAAGCAGAUUACAGUACUGGACUUCUGUGAUGCAGAUUAAAGAUUAACAUAAGUGCCUUGCGUGAGUUAAAUCACUGGGGACUGCGGAAAUACUUGAAUUUUGAAAAUUACAAUUAUUAUACCACUUUGUUCCUUAACUUUGCUCUUUCUUGCAUCGGUUUCAUUUACUGGGGUCUCUUGGCUCUCUGUCCAUGUUCCCAUAGUGAACAACAACCAGAUGACCUCAGACAGCCUGUGCAAACCAUCUGAUAGCAGCCUUACCUCACUAAUAUGCAUUCUUCCACCCUCACCUCGAACUUCUCCUAAAAAACUACCACUCACUUAGUCAUGAAUGCACACAACAAUGCAACCGCAGUAACAAAAUGCUACAUGAUGUUACUUCUAAUUUGUGUAUAUAUGUACUGUAUCUGUAGCUUUUUUUAAUGCUUUUUUGAUUUAAAAUUUGGGCUUUGUAAAGUUUUUUUUUCUGUACAAAAAAUUAGUGGGAUUAUUUAUUUAUUUAUAAAGUUUUUCAAGUUUCAUUCCACACUUAUUGAAGGGCCCACAGAUUAUUUAAAUAUAUAUUUUAUCUCAUAUUUAUGGAUUGAAUGGGUUUUUCAAGCAGAUUUUUGUGUACAUAACUUCCAGAGCACUUUUGUUUUUAAUGCAUGAUGUACUGGAUGCCUAUUUAAAAGGUGAGCAGGAUUUUUUUAACGCAAUCAAAUUGUACCCUACUUUUUUGUGUAGAUAUGUGUUCAUUAGCAGUUGCUUGAUUGCAGCUUGUUCGUUUCCCCUCUUUUGAAUUGGAUUAGAAUUGUAAAUACGUCAAAAUUAUUUUUUAUACAGUUUCAAUAAAUUUUUUUAGCCUUAA